AUGGCAUCGACCAGUGAGUUAUUAUGGUUGAGAAAUCUGCUUAAUUCGCUACAUUCAUCAUUUGGAGCUUUGAAGCCGAAGAAGGCCGGUCUGGAAGAGCCGCAGCAGAAGACUCACCGGAUUAGGAUCACUCUCACUUCCAAGGAUGUUGAAUUCCUUGACAAAGUUUGUUUGGAACUGGUCCGAGGUGCCAAGGCAAGGGGGGUCCCAUUGAAGGGACCAGUGAGAAUGCCCGUCAAGGUUCUUGAAGUUACCACCAGGAAGUCACCCUGUGGCGAAGGAACGAACACAUUGGACAGGCUCAAGCUUCGGAUCCACAAGUGGGUGAUUGAUCUCUUCAGCAUGCCAGAGGUGGUCAAGCAAAUUACGGCAAUAAACAUCAAGCCUGGUGUGCACGUCGAAGUAAUCAUAGCGGACUAUUAA